ACCAGUUGGAGAUCAGCUUUCACCGAAAACCAGUGCCCUCGGGUAGAUCGCCCAAAAUCUCUCUCCCUCUGCUUAGAUCACGUUUGAAUCCCUAAAAUAUCCCUCUCUCUCUCUCUCUCUCUCUCUCUCUCUAAAACCCUAAUUCUUGAUCUCUCUCUGUUUACUCUAAACCCUACACUUCUGAAUUCAAAUCAACUGCCACCUUUCCCAAUUUCUGCAUCUGCAAGCCCUAAAAUCCCAAAUCCUAAGUUUAUUCUCCUGAUUUACCAUAAAAACCAAAAAUUGCCUUCAAUUUCCCAGCUGGGUCAAGUCACUCACAACUCACCGAGUCAUUUCCUGUUGUAUCCCCAUAAACUUUAACUCACUCAAACCCUAAUUUUAUUUUUAUUUUUAGAUCCAUUUUUCAAAUACGGCUCCGACUCGGUUAGCCAGUCUACUUCCAAUCCCUAAUGUAUUAUAUUUACAGUUCAAUCCAGCCGAAUCCAUAGAAAGUACCCAAAAAAAAAGAAACCCAAAAUUUUCCUUUGUUCCCUUCAAAUUUGAGCUCAACGGACUCGGCAAUUGGCCCAGCGAGUCAACCUGAAAAGCCCCAUGAGCUUUCAGAUUCAGUGUUGGUUCUUUUUGUGGCGGAGGAUGUGAUGGUGGAUAACUAUGGAGGAAGGUAAAGUGAGUAGUGUGGAAAAUGGGAGCUCCAGCGAAGGUCGGCCCCCGAACCCUUUAGCUGCGGCGUACAAGCAAAGCUUUAGCAACGAUCACGUGGCUGUACCUUGUAAGAAGUCACUCGUUCGCCACCCGUCUCUGAUGAAGAUGAAGAUGCCAGAUGUCUCCGUAGAGUCUGGACAUUGUUUAGAAGAUUGUGGGUCUGAAUACAUUCCCAUUCUCCGAUCAGGAGGAUCGACUGAUAUCGGGUUUCGUACGAGCAUGGAAGAUGUAUAUGUUUGUGUUGACAAUUUUAUGGAAGAUUAUGGGCUUAAAAGUUAUAUUGAUGGGCCCAAUGCUUUUUAUGGGGUUUUUGAUGGACAUGGAGGUAAGCAUGCUGCUGACUUUGCUUGCCAUCAUUUGCCAAAGUUCAUUUGUGAGGACGAAGACUUCCCAAGGGAUAUUGAGAGGAUUGUUAUAUCAGCAUUUCUGCAAACUGAUUCUGCCUUUGCAGAAGCUUGCUCUUUGGAUGCUGCCCUUUCUUCAGGAACCACUGCUUUAGCGGCCCUUGUUAUUGGAAGACUGUUGGUGAUAGCAAAUGCUGGAGAUUGUCGAGCGGUGCUGUGCCGCCGAGGCAAAGCCAUUGAAAUGUCAAGGGAUCACAAACCAAUGUGUAGCAGAGAGAAGACGCGCAUUGAGGCAUCAGGUGGUUAUGUUUAUGAUGGUUAUCUUAAUGGGCAGCUUAAUGUUGCGCGUGCUUUAGGAGACUGGCAUAUGGAAGGAAUGAAGGGCAGGGAUGGUGGUCCACUCAGUGCAGAGCCAGAACUAAUGACUACAAAACUGACAGAGGAAGAUGAAUUCCUCAUCAUCGGCUGUGAUGGGAUCUGGGAUGUGUUUAGGAGCCAAAAUGCUGUGGAUUUUGCUCGGCGGAGGCUUCAGGAGCACAAUGACCCGGCUAUUUGUAGCAGGGAUUUGGUUGAUGAGGCUUUGAAGAGGAAGAGUGGGGAUAAUUUAGCUGCUGUGGUAGUUUGCUUCCAACAGCAGCCUCCACCUAAUUUGGUUGCCCCACGCCCAAGAGUGCACCGUAGUUUUUCUGCUGAAGGUUUAAGGGAGAUCCAAAGCUUCUUGGAUAGCUUGGAAAAAUGAGAAGAUGAUGAAUGCUUGAUCUUCCCCCAAUUAUGUAUUUUUGCCUUAUUUAGAUUUUCAUUUUGUAGUUCGCAACAUUUUGAGAGAGAAUCUUGAGUUAUAACUGUAAAAUAUGCGGCGCAAAGUCGGUGAAACAAUUGAUAAUCCGUAGUUGUUUUCUUUUCGACAACUAGUCCAUAGGAGUUUGAUCAAACUUAAAAUUUGUUCAUUUCUUUUUA